AUGCCCACAUUUACGUUAUCCCUUGAGGGCGUCGGAAAGGUCAUUACAAUUCGUUUGAAGCGUCAAGGACACACACAACACAACACGAGAACCGCCGACCAUGAGGAUGGCUCUAUCCCUACAGACCUCUCUAGUCCAGUUCCUGCACCAAUUCAUUCUUCGAAUUCUUCGCCAAAUGCUGUUUCUGCAAGCAGUGAACCAGGUCUCGAAGAAUUCUCCAAUGGCACCGGCUUUCCUUCCGCAGAGUACCCUUGGGGUGCAUCCCGUGCCCGCGAAGCUCUCGACAUCGUUCAGCGGAUUAUUGGGAAUCCUUCAAGUAAUGAAUGGCCAUCACAGACACGCAAUCAGAACAAGGCGGCCUUAGAUGACCUGCAUUUGCGACUCCAUCGACUAUGCUGCUAUUUGUGCAACGCCCCACCUGCCCUAGAUCGUCGUGAACAUUCCCGGAGAGACCCUCUUAGCUAG